CCGCCCUAGCUCGAUUAAACUGUACUGUGUUAUCUUUUUUUUAAUCUUCCACAAAAAAAUACACUUUCCGAGAGGAUGAACCCUAUAUUCCAGUGUUUUUCAACCGAUUGUGCCGCCGCCGUGAGAGAUCGUCAGGUGUGCCGCGAGAAAUUAUCCAAUGUCGCUUUUUUUAACAUCGUUGGGCAAAGUUGCAGUAGGAAGGAAGGAGUAGGCAAAAAGUUCUCGGUUGUGUGCAGAUUAGUCGUGUUGCGUUCAAGAGCUCCUCGGAUUUCUAGCCAUCAGCCACCUUGCUCUCCGCAACAAUGUGGACCCCAGCACGUCUACUGUUCAUUAUUUGACUCGUCAAGUGUCGCUAGACACAAAAGCGUCCUUUCCAUUUUAUCCAUAUGUGACGACCGUUAAUCCUCCCUCUUUGUUUUAUUCCAACACAUUAUCGAGGACAGCAAGGUGGAAGAUGGCUAGAAAUCCGGGCAGUUCUCCGAGCGGCACGAGCGGCUAUCUAACGCCAUGGCGCCAUACAAGCUUAAAUGUCAUCUCCAAAUGAACGCACGUCGCUUCAGAACAAGUCGAUGGACUAUUUUGUACGCCUUCGUGAAAACACAGAGAAAUGGGCAACUUUUUUGAGAAAAACUACAAAGGUAAAUUAGAAAGCAAUGAAAGCCAGUUACUUUGUUGCUAAAUCCCAAAAGUCCCAAACUGUGGCAGAGAUGGUAAUACUACCUGCCUGCAAAGCCAUUGUCAGCGAGAAGACCAGCCCUGAUGUGCUUAAAGACAUUGCUCAAGUCCCCUGUGUGAUAGUUUUUCAAGCCUAAUUGCUAAACGUUUCACACUGAGUAAGUAUAACUACUGAGAAAUUAUUUUAUAAUUAAAUAUACUGUACAGAAAGUAAUUUUGGAACAUUUUGGUGUGGUGUGCCGAGAGAUUUUUUCCAACGUAAAAACGUCCCGUGACUCAGAAAAGGUUGAAAAACACUGCUCUAGUCAUCCUAUCUUGAUCUGUCGUCAUUCAAUUCAACCAAUCUGGGCAGCAAAUGUAGGCAAUUUCUAGCAAAUCACAGAUAAGGGGUGCGGGCUGAGUAGCCGGCCAUUGGGUACUGCGAUUGGAUAGGGAUUGCUUCGGUUACAGAAAUGGCGAUUGAGCGGCUCCUCCGUUGCUAAAUCAGAUUGGAAUGGACAUCCGUGUUUUUUUCAAGAAACUAAAGACGAACUCAAGCCAUGCCAAAGACGCGGCCGAAAGUCAACAUGAAGGGAUAGCACUGCCACCUCCUGCAGUUUCACUGACUGACACCAUCAUCAGAAAAUAUAACAGUGAAGAUGUCUUCCAAUGAAGAAGGUUACGUGGUCCGGAUCAGAGGCCUUCCUUGGACCUGCACCCAGGAGGAGGUGGCCAGUUUCUUCUCAGACUGUGACAUCGUUGGCAAAGUCGAUGGCGUGUGUUUCACCUACUCGAGAGAAGGCCGACCCAGCGGAGAGGCCUUUAUUGAACUAAAAACAUCGGAUGAUUUCAAGAAUGCUCUAUGUAAAGAUCGUAAAUACAUGGGGCACCGCUACAUUGAGGUGUUCAAGUCAAACCGUAGUGAGAUGGACUGGGUGCUGAAACGGAGCGGGCCCGCUGACUAUGACAGCUCCAGUGGCUGCAUGCUGAGACUCAGAGGCCUGCCCUUUGGUUGCAGUAAAGAGGAAAUUGUUCAGUUCUUCUCAGGGUUGAGAAUCGUGCCGAAUGGGAUUACUCUGCCAGUGGACUACCAGGGGAGGAGCACAGGGGAAGCCUUCGUGCAGUUUGCCUCAAAGGAGAUAGCAGAAAAGGCUCGGGGGAAACACAAGGAAAGAAUAGGGCACAGGUACAUAGAGAUCUUUAAGAGUAGCCGCGUGGAGAUCCGAUCCUACUAUGACGAGCCCCGGCGGGCGAUCGGGGGCCAGAGACCGAGCCCUUACGACAGGCCCGUGAUGGAAGGACCCAGGGGGGGAUACUUUUCCUCCGGUCCCAGUCGCUGCGGUUCGCUCAUGGACUCCAUGAGGAGCGUUGGGGGCUACGGGAGGGGUUAUGGACACAGUUACGACAGCUACAAUGGAUUGAACAACUACGGCUUUGGAAACUGCCUGUUUGAUGAGCGCAUAAGAGAAGAGCGAGGAUCCAGAGGCCACAGUUACAGUCGUCAAAGUGAAGUAGGCUCAAAUUACAACGGCGGCCAUUUUGUCCACAUGAGGGGCUUGCCUUUCCGCACCAACGAGAUGGACAUCGCUGAAUUCUUCUCCCCUUUGAACCCAAUGAGAGUCCACAUCGACGUCACUCACAACGGCAAGCUGACGGGAGAGGCCGACGUGGAGUUCCGCUGCCACGAGGACGCCGUGGCCGCCAUGUCCAAAGACAAGAACCACAUGCAACACCGCUACAUUGAGCUCUUUCUCAACUCGACAGCCAGCGGAGCUGAAAUGAGUCGCGGGGGUUUCUAUGGAAACUCAGGAGGAGGCUCCCGGAGCAGCGGGCUUCGAAGCGCCUACUGAUGUCAUUACUUGCUUUCUCUCUGUUUUGUUGUCAAGCUGAUCUGACGUCUCUUGUUGUGGCGUUCCACUCUUUUACCUUUCUUGCUUAUUUAGAAACAAAAAUACAGUAAAUGACAUUUAGUUAUCCAGUUGUGACUCGAGAGGAAGAAGCUGGGUGUUUUUACCAGUCUGAUAUGAAAAGAACUUUUUUUUGUGUUUGCAGAGGAAAUUGCUCAAAACCAAAAAGAUUUAAUGUGUGCUGCAUUGUUUAGAACAGCCACUGUCAACUGGAACCAUUUGGUCAAAUUGGAAGCCAAUACACGUUCUUAAAAAUUGCAAAUUUGUUAACUUAUGAAACAUAGUGGAGGCGUAUUCCCACAUACCUAAGUUAAAAUGUGAACCUGCGUUUCAAUAUCUUAAUUCAUUCACUUCCAUUGAUGGAACGUUAUCCAAUCCAUUUGAACUCCCUCGCAGUCUAAAUGGGUUGGAGAUCUCACCGUCACUGGCAACCAAUGUGUUGAGAACUUAAGUUUAUUGCAGCUGUUGUACAUUUUGCCUAUUUUUUUUUAUUUUUAUUAAACGAUUAUCUAUUGUUUGAUGGUGUGAUUGCUUGUAGUUGUAUGUGGAGAACGUGACAAAAAUUCCAUGAAAGGAUCAAGUUCAUAAAUUUCAUUUAAUCAAAACUGCUCCAGUCAAUUACGUGUACUGUUGGCAAUCAAUGCUGUGAUAAAAUUCAUUUUGAUUAACAAUAUAAACAAUAACAAAAACUGUACACAUUCUCUUGAGGAAUGGGACUCGUAUAAUAAGAGAAAAAUUGUAUAAAAUGAGGACUGGAUGAUAAUCAGAAUUUGAUUAUAUUACGUAUCAAGUGUUAUCCUGAAACACGAAUAAAUUAGAAGAAAAAAAUUGACAACUUCAGUUGCCAUUAAGUGCAAAACCCAGAAUGUGCCAUUGAGUCUGUAGACUUGACAAUGCAUUAAAAAUAAGACCAAGAGAUAAAUGAUCUAGUUGGCCUAGAAUCGGUCAACAUAACAAAAUGUAUGUUCAAACUCAGUCUUUUCAAGCAACAUCAACAACAUUUUUGCCUCAAACCUCCAACGACGUGCUGUAAAUUUUAGCUUGCCGUUGGACUUGAUAGCAUUCCAAAUGGGGCUUUUUUCUCUACAAGUGUGAAUACACAUUUUUGUUUUGGCACUGUAAGCAUUUGCAUUAGCUCGAGUGAAACUAACACUGAACAUGAGCAGCAGCCUUCUAUGGGCUAGUGACAGUUAAACAAGUUUGGCCUACAGUAUAUCACAAAGUGGCACUUACUGAUUCAGUCAUAUACUCUUUAGUGCUUUUAGUGUAAAGUUGUCAUCUUUUGAGCCACAGAAUGAUUCGAACACAUAAGCAGCCACAUUCAGUGGAGCAUCUCAUCACAUGAAUUUGUAAUACUCUCGAUGUGUCAUCACGACAUCAUUGACCAAGUCAUUUUUGACAUUUUAGUAUUAUAAAGAAAUGUGCUUAUUCAGGUCCUAGAAAUUCAAAAACUGUUGAAUUGUUGUUGUUUUUUUUUGUUUGGUAAAAGAAAAUUUCAAUUACUGUGGCACUUAUGUCAUUAGACUUAUGUAUUGAUAGACAAUAUACCGUAUUUCCUCGUAUAGUGUCUUACUCGAGUACCAGGAACACAUUAUUACCCAAAUCUGCUGUUAUCGUUUACUUGUUUUUCUGGCUAUUUUAGCAUUCCUCCCACAUUUCAAAAACAUGCAUUUCAGGUUCAUUGAACGCUAGGAUGAAUAGAUCUGGAUUUGACUUUAGUAUCUGCAACACUUCAUUUCCAUCUGCUGGCUCGUUUUCAAUCCAGCCUUCAGACAGCGUUUCCUCCCCAAUUCCUUUCAAGUCAAUGAUGAAAUGUUUAGCACCACGUUUGUGUUUAAAACUCCACUUUAAACAAAAGCUUUACAGACACAAUGCCUCCAAGUGCAGGAGGUGCGCUUUAAUGUGAUCUGCGCACCCUGCGCUAUUACAGCGGAGGCCACCAUUUGAGGAAAAACUGUGUGUCUCGUCUGAAAUUCCAAAUGAAUCCAGUAUAUCCAAAAUGUGCAUGCACAAUAAGUACGGAGCAACGUUAAAGAGAUGGACCUUGCAGACGCAUGAUGAGCGGAGGUAGAUGUGAUAACUCAGGUGGGAUUAGAUGAGCAUCUUUGCAGGAGGAGGGCGUGGCAGGUGUCACACACUCGCACUGGUUUAGGCGACGCGGGGAGGGGAAGUUCAUUGUCGGAGCAGCUGUUGCAGAAGAUCUCGCCGCAAUUCCUGCAGUGAUGCUGUAAAUACAAGAAUGUAGAUGAGCAAAGCGAGAAAGGCUCUGUCGGUAAUGUCCACGGGCUCACUUUGCGCCUUGAGAUGGAGAACUCCUUAUCACACAGCUUGCAGUGGCUGGCUUCCUUAUCUUUUAACCACACCUGCCCACCCUGCAACAAGAACCGCACUUACCCUUACAAUUAAGUCCGCUUGGAUGCACUGUGCAAGUUUUACCUGAAGAGCUUUGUUGGCUUCUUUUAUGUCCUCAAUCUUCAUUUUGGAUCUGCACGACAAAAUAUUGUUGACGCAAUGUUAAAAGUGAAAGGUGAAAUGGCCAAAAGUGGAGUUUAAUGAAUUUAGUAUGCAUAUUUAUUACAUGUAAUUUUCUGUCAAAUUUUUUCAGUGAUUUGAGUACUGAGAAAUUCCUUUUGUGUUUUAUACUCAAAACGUAUAUUAAAACGUUAACAAGUUUUAUGUACUUAAAACGGUACAGUUGUGAGUCAGGAAGCUGUAAUGAAAUGUUUUUGAAGGAAAUGGUCAUCCAUUUUGUCUUCAAUAUUAUUUACAGCAUGCCUAAAACAACUUCAAGUUAAAUUGUGAAGGUAAUUGAAAAAAUUACAUUUAUCCGAUGAAUAAUUUAAUCUUCCGAUUAAUG